UUACCACCAUCUGGGUGUGGUAGAUUCAGCAAACAUUUAAUAUCGCCGUGUUCACCACACCUUAAACCACCAUGGAUUUCUUCCGCCCAGCCUCCGCCGCCCUUCUCCUCCUCUUCAUCUUCUCCGAUCAAGCCCUUCUCAAGAGUGUGUUAGGCGCGGUCGGAGUAAACUACGGGCUCAACGGCGACAAUCUUCCGGUGCCGAGUGAGGUGGUUGAGUUAUAUGGGCGGUGUGGGAUAGACAUUUUGCGGGUAUUUGAGCCCAAUCAUUCGGUUCUUGAUGCCUUGAAAGGGCGGAGGAAUUUAGUGGUGUGGUUGGGAACGAGAAAUGAGGAUAUUCAGGGGUUUGCCGCCGACCAAUUAGCGGCCAAUUCUUGGGUUAAUGCUAAUGUGGUUCCUUAUUACAAGAGUGUUAAUAUUGCAUAUAUUACUGUCGGUAAUGAGGUUGUCCCUGACGAUGCGGCGGCGCCCUUUGUCGCCAAGGCUAUUAAGAAGAUUAUGCAGGCGCUUGUUAUUGCCGGCGUCAAAAGCGACAUUAAGAUCUCCUCCGCCUUGUUCACCACACCUUACACCACCAUGGAUUUCUUCCGCCCACCCUCCGCCGCCCUUCUCCUCCUCUUCAUCUUCUCCGAUCAAGCCCUUCUCAUAAGUGGGUUAGGCGCGGUCGGAGUCAACUACGGGCUCAACGGCGACAAUCUUCCGGUGCCGAGUGAGGUGGUUGAGUUAUAUGGGCGGUGUGGGAUAGACAUUGUGCGGGUAUUUGAGCCCAACCAUUGGGUUCUUGAUGCCUUGAAAGGGCGGAGGAAUUUGGUGGUGUGGUUGGGGACGAGAAAUGAGGAUAUUCAGGGGUUUGCUGCCGACCAAUUAGCGGCCAAUUCUUGGGUUAAUGCUCAUGUUGUUCCUUAUUACGAGAGUGUUAAUAUUGCAUAUAUUACUGUCGGUAAUGAGGUUGUCCCUGACGAUGCGGCGGCGCCAUUUGUCGCCAAGGCUAUUAAGAAUAUUAUGCAGGCGCUUGUUAUUGCCGGCGUCAAAAGCGACAUUAAGGUGACAACCGUGGUGCCCAUGACACCAUUGGAAGUCUCAUACCCACCUUCGGCCGGAGCAUUCUCUGCCACCGCCAUCGGACCUCUAAAAGACAUCACUCAAGUUUUGGGGACAUCCGGCGCACCAUUACUGUUGAACGUGUACCCAUAUUUCGCAUACGCAUCAAACCCACAACAAAUCUCGCUGGAUUACGCUCUCUUCACAUCCACCACGCCGGUGGUGGUGGACGGAAACUUACAGUACUUCAAUCUGUUCGACGCGAUGGUGGAUUCUUUCUACUCGGCGCUGGAGAAGAUCGGCGCGGAGGGAGUGCGAAUCGACAUCUCGGAGACUGGAUGGCCGAGCAAAGGGAACGAUCCGUUAACGAGCGUUGAAAAUGCGGCGACGUAUAACAGGAACUUCGUGGAACAUGUGAGGAGCGGCGCUGGAACGCCGAGGAGGCCGAAUGUGAAAUACGACGGCGUUUUGUUCGAGAUGUUCAAUGAGAAUUUGAAGACGGCGGGGGUUGAACAGAACUUUGGGUUGUUUUAUUCCAAUAUGCUUCCGGUUUAUUCGUUCUGGAAUUGCUGA